CCGCGCCCCUCCUCCAGCGACAGGAGCCCGCUCGCGCCGCAUAUGAAUAUGAGCCUCCUCCGACAUGUCCUCCGAUAUUCCCCUCGUCUCGCCCCCCUCCGCCGCAGUUAUUCCGCCAUGUCUUCGCUCAAGCAAGGAGAGUUCGUCGGCUCGCUCGACUGCGGUACCACGUCUACGCGUUUCCUGAUCUUCGACCAGUAUGCGAACAUUGUUGCCCAGCACCAGCUCGAAUACCCACAAUAUUACCCCGAGCCUGGCUGGCACGAACAGGAUCCGGACGAGAUCGUGGAGAGCUGCGACACAUGCAUCACCGAGGCCUGCAAAGCCCUGGAGACUUCGGGCUGGGCCAAGGAGAGCGUGAAGGUCAUCGGCAUCACAAACCAGCGCGAAACCGCGGUCGCCUGGAGCCGCAAGACCGGCAAGCCGCUCUGUCGUGCAAUCGUCUGGACUGACUCCCGCACGAAGAACACCGUCGCCCACUUUGCGAACAAGCUGAGCUAUGUCGGUCUCGAGGUUGCGCCCGGCAUUCGCAAGAAGGGCAAGGAGGGCGAGAAGGCGCUCAAGGACUUGACUGGCCUUCAGCUUUCCACUUAUUUCUCUGCCAUCAAGCUGCGCUGGAUGAUUGAACACCACGAGCAUGUCAGGAAGGCUCACGAAGAGGAUGACCUCCUGUUCGGCACGGUCGAGUCGUGGCUUGUCUACCGUUUGACUGGUGGUCUCCAUGUCACGGAGGUGACGAACGCGUCCCGAACUCUUCUCAUGAACCUGCGCACACUUGAGUGGGAGCCUAUCAUGCUGAACUUCUUGGAGAUCAAGCCUUCCGUUCUUCCCAAAAUCGCGUCGUCUUCUGAGGGUGUAAAGAUUGGUGGGCUCGUCGGCGACCAGCAGGGCGCGCUAGUCGGCAACAAGUGCCUGAAGCAGGGUGAAGCCAAGUGCACGUAUGGCACAGGCGCGUUCCUCCUGUUCUGCACGGGCGAGGACAUCGUGUCGAGCGCGCAUGGUCUCUUGAGCACGGUUGCCUACCAAGACGGUAAGAACGGCAAGCCUGUGUACGCUUUGGAGGGUUCCAGUAAGUCCUAUGGCGUCCCUCUACCCUUCGUUACGAUGCUGCGUGACUCCAUGGGGUUGAUCAAGACGGCGGCCGAUAUCAACACCCUCGCAGACUCGGUAAAGCACACCGGUGGCGUCUACUUCGUUCCUGCCUUCUCCGGCCUGCUCGCACCCUACUGGGACCCCGGAGCAGGUGGCCUGCUCAUCGGCCUGUCUGCGUACACCACUCCGAGUCACAUCUGCCGGGCGACCUUGGACGCGAACGCCUUCCAGACGCGCGAGAUCCUCGAAAGCAUGAAGCUCGACUCGAAGACGGAACUGAAGCUCCUCAUGGUCGACGGCGGCAUGACGAACGGCGACACCGCGAUGCAGGUGCUCGCCGAUGUCGGCGGCUUCACCGUCGUCCGGCCCGAGAUGAGAGAAUCGACCGCGCUCGGAUCCGCGCUCCUGGCGGGCUCCGCGAUCCGCCUGUUCGGGUGGAACAUCAGCGAGCCGGAGACCCUAUCGGAGGUCAACACGAAGGGCACCCGUGAGUUCAACCCGGUCGUCGACGAGCCUCUGCGCGAGAAGAAGUGGCUGGGCUGGAAGCGCGCUGUGGAGCGGUCCCUCAGAUGGGAGGAGGGUGUCGAUGAGUAAAGAAGACUAUUAUUCCCUACUGCGCGAUACCACAUCAUCAAUAUUAAGCAUGUAUUAUAGUGUCAUUGUACAUGUGUAGCGUCCGCUAUGUAUAGUGUAUCCUUAUUAGGGGCGUAUUCCAUGAUUUUCUGCCAUGCCUGAUCAUGAGAAGAGUAGUGUCUGAGUUCUGCGCCCCGAUCCGACGUUCGUCGCGACGCUUUCCAAACCUUCGGAUCAAUGCUGUGCACUGCUCGACAGCGAUCGGGAAACUCUAGAGGACACCUGUCUGUUGCUAUUGGAAUCGGGCUCCGAGGCAAAGCGAGUUAAGGCCACACACUGCGAGUAAGUCAAGCCGCAGCC